AUGACCAUAUUCCCUUUGUUAUGCAUCCUCCUAGCCCACGGAAAGGCAUGUGCGACUGAUGAAGAUUGCAGUCUGAAUGGUGUUUGCAAUUCUGGCAGUUGUGCUUGUGACGCUGGAUGGAGGUCAGAAGACUGCGGGGAGCUGGACCUGUACCCUGCCAGGAAGGGAUCGGGAUAUAACCACACAGACUAUAUCGGCUCUGAUUUCUACGACAUUACCGGCGCAGGCAACUCUUCCUGGUGUGGUGAGAUCAUCCAAGAUCGAAACAACAAGACGCACUUCCACAUGAUUGUUUCACAAUUCUCUCAUGGCUGUGGUCUCAACCGGUGGAAGCCGUUUAGUACCGUCAUCAGAGCCUCAUCGACCACGGGUCCUGCGGGGCCCUACACCUGGCAGCAAGACGUCCUACCGGCCUGGCAUCACAACCCAACCUGGUUCUGGAGCGAGGCUGACCAAAAGUAUCUCCUAUACUCGAUUGGAGAUGGUCUCGAUUUGCCAACAACUUGCAAGGCCGAGACACUUCUGAACAAUGUGUCCGUAACCACAUCUACAGACCUGGUGAACUGGGAUGCCCCGAAGCGCCUCUUUACGGGCAAAACCAACCCGGCCGCCAUGCCUCUCUACACCGCGGCGAACCAGACGUCCGAGAUCCUACUUGCACUCGAAGACAACUUUAUAUACCGAGCAGACAACUACACUUCACCCUAUGAACUCGCUUAUACGCCGACCUGGAACACAUCCAGCUACAGUCCGACGUGGACCGAAGACCCAUUUCUAUGGCGCGACAAGCGUGGAUUCUUCCACAUUCUGGCACACUACAUGAUCGAUAUCACCGAGCGAGGCGAAAAGGGACCUCACGUCGGAGUGCACCUCUUUGCGCGAAACUACACGGGACCUUGGACCUUUCGGGAAAAGGCCGCGUACAAUACGACGGUGCAAUUUACCGACGGCACCUCUAUUGACUAUUACAGGAGGGAGAGGCCCAAGGUCUUUUUUGACAAUGAUAGGACACCCUUGUACUUGGUCAAUGGGGUGUCGGAAGAAGAUUCGAGAGCUUCGUACACGAUUGUGGUGCCGAUUGGACCUGCAGCGGCAGAAUACGAGAAGACGUUGGGAUUUUGA